UCGCGUUGAGAAGAGGCGGUUAUGAAACUGGAUGCCGGGGUUCGCCAUGUUGGCUCCUCCUGCGUUGUGUUUUCAUAUGUAAUCUCCUGAGGAGCUUUGUAUGCCGAAGCUGCUGCUCGUGCUGCGAGUCAUUUGAUUUGAUUUAUCAACGGAUUUAAAACAAAACGAAAACAAACAUUUAUCCGAAUGGUUUUACUUAAAGUGACGGUUUAGAUUUGAAACGGAAGUGUUGAGAUAAAGAAAGACAACAACAACAACGUACGCGCCGACCGCAGAGAGAGAGAGAGAUACAGACAGCGAGAGGAAAUUUGUUCAGAAGAUAAUACUGGAUUAUCCUUGUGAAAGAGAAGAUUCAAUAAUGGAGCCAGUCCAUAUUAAAGAGGAGAGUCCUGCACUAGAAUCAGUCCACAUUAAAGAGGAGAGUCCUGUACUAGAAUCAGUCCAAAUAAAAGAGGAGAGUCCUGUACUGGAAUCAGUCAAUUUUAAAAGGGUUAGUCUUAAUUCUAAACCCUUAAGCAGCUUGCAGGGCUCUCUCCCCUGUCCUGGGUGUGGGGAGAGUUUAAAUCCUGAAGGAAACCUUGAAACAUCUCCUCUGCAUCACUGUGCUGGAUUUGUGAAGACUUUCAGGGAGUCAGGAAUCCCGAAUGGACAGCAGCAAACAGGCACUGGAAAGACACCAUAUAACUGUCAUGACGAUUUCGGGGCAGAUUUCAGACACCACAGCACCGUGGAACACCACCAGCAAGUUCUGAAGGUACAGCAGGAUUCAAAGAUGGAGCCUGUCCACAUUCAAGAGGAGUUUCCUGAACUAGAACCUGUCCAUGUCAAAGAGAAGGGUGACCACAUUAAAACAAGCAGCUUGCAGGACUCUCUGUCCUGUACAGAAUGUGGAAAGACUUUCAGUCAGUUACAAAACCUGAAACGUCACCAGCGAAUCCACACUGGAGAGAAACAAUACGUCUGUGCUGACUGUGGGAAAAGAUUCAGGAGACUGGGAGAUCUUAAAAUCCACAAGCGGAUUCACACACAAGAGAAACCAUAUGUCUGUACUAACUGUGGGAAGAGUUUCAAGAGAUUAGCUGAUCUUAAAGUCCACCAGCGAAUUCACACAGGAGAGAAACCAUAUGUCUGUGCUGACUGUGGGAAGAGUUUCAGUCAGUUAGGAAACUUGAAAAUACACAUGCAAAUUCACAUUGGAGAGCAACCACUUAGCUGUAGUGCAUGUGGGAAGAGUUUCAGAAAGUUACAAAACCUGAAACUUCACCAGCGAAACCACACUGGAGAGAAACGAUACGUCUGUGUUGACUGUGGGAAGAGUUUCAGUCAGUCAGGCCACUGGAAACAACACCAGCGAAUUCACACAGGAGAGAAGCCACAUCACUGUUCUGACUGUGGGAGGAGUUUCAGGCUGAUGGAAAGCUUGAAAAUGCACCAGCGAAUCCACACUGGAGAGAAAUCACAUAUCUGUGCUGACUGUGGGAAGAGUUUCAUUCAGUCAAGCAACUUGAAAAUACACCAGCGAAUCCACACAGGAGAGAAACCAUAUGUCUGUGAUGACUGUGGGAAGAGUUUCAGGAGAUUAGGAGAUCUUAAAGACCACCAGCGAAUUCACACGGGAGAGAAACCAUAUGUCUGUGCUGACUGUGGGAAGAGUUUCAGUCUGUCAGCCAACUUGAAAAAACACCAGCGAAUCCACACAGGAGAGAAACGACAUGUCUGUGCUGACUGUGGGAAGAGUUUCAUUCAGUCCAGCAACUUGAAAAUGCACCAGCGAAUCCACACAGAGGAGAAACUGUAUGUCUGUGCUGGUUGUGGGAAGAGUUUCAGGAGAUUAGGAGAUCUUAAAGACCACCAGCGAAUUCACACGGGAGAGAAACCACAUGUCUGUGCUGGCUGUGGGAAGAGUUUCAGGAGAUUAGGAGAUCUUAAAGAUCACCAGCGAAUCCACACUGGGGAGAAACCUUAUCACUGCACACACUGUGGGAAGUCUUUUACUGCUUCCGGUUCUCUUAAAAGACACAAAUGCAAGUUGUGAAAGUUUAGGCAUAAUGUGAGUAUGUGUACACCCACACUCAGUCUUUUUAAACUGCAGCUUAAUAUAAAAACUGUGAGAACUGGUGAAUGUCUACAGAUGACACAGAUCCAUCAAUAUUAAACACACUGUUCUGAAUCUCUUACAUUACAAAGUAUAUUCCUAUAUGUUUUAUAGUAGUAAUAUCAUUGAUUUCUCUUUUAAAAUGUCCCUUUGAACUAGCUUUAAAACCUUGCCUGUUGUCUUUCCAACUAAUGUCUGUUUAACUCUUCCUAACAUAAUAAACUGCAUUGGAAUGAAAAUAAAAAAAAACUGUUUUAAUCAGUAAGAAGGAUUUCCAUUAGCAUGAUUAGUAAACUGUGUGUUAAUUGUGUUCUGAUGAAGAUUGAGGGAAAUAAUCUGAUAAACCCAAUCGUGACACUGCCCAGAGAAGUGCUGUUUUUAUAUUACAUCUCAAUGAGAAAGGGCAUCAUCAUUUUAAAGGUUUUAUAGAAUUAUGAUUUGUACAUCCCAAUAUAUUUGUGCACAAUGUUUUACAUUGUUUUCAAUGUGAUUUAUAAAAACUUCAAUAAAACUGAUUAAUCCAA